GUACGAACUCUCCCGCCACCCGGGGAAAGCGCUUGCCGGGGUUUGUGUGUUUUCACGUCUGGUGUGGCUGGAGGUAACAAGAUGCAGUUUCUUGGAGGAAAUCGGAGGAAACUGAGGUUGGCAGAUGACCAGAGGAAUGCUUGCUACCCACAUAGCCUUCAGUUUUACUUGCAGCCGCCUUCUGGAAACAUAUCUUUAAUAGAAUUUGAAAACUUGGCUAUCGAUAGAGUUAAAUUGCUAAAAGCAGUCGAGAAUCUUGGUGUGAGCUAUGUGAAAGGAAGUGAGCAGUACCAGAGUAAGCUAGAGAUCGAGCUUCGGAAGCUUAAGUUUUCCUACAGAGAAAACUUGGAAGAUGAAUAUGAACCCCGAAGAAGAGAUCACAUUUCUCACUUUAUUUUACGCCUUGCUUACUGCCAGUCUGAAGAGCUUAGGCGCUGGUUCAUUCAACAAGAAAUGGAUCUCCUUCGAUUUCGAUUCAGUAUUUUACCCAAGGACAAAAUUCAGAGUUUCUUAAAGGAUAGCCAUUUGCAGUUUGAGGCUAUAAGUGAUGAAGAGAAGACUCUCCGAGAACAGGAUAUUAUGGCUUCAUCACACAGUUUAGGUGGUGUUCAGUUGGAGCUGGAAUCAGUUUAUAAGAUCCCUUUUGCUGAUGCUCUGGAUUUGUUCCGAGGAAGGAAAGUCUAUUUGGAAAAUGGCUUUGCUUAUGUACCACUCAAGGACAUUGUGGCUAUCAUCCUAAAUGAAUUUAGAACCAAACUGUCCAAGGCUUUGGCUUUAACAGCCAGGUCCUUGCCCGCUGUGCAGUCGGAUGAGAGACUCCAGCCUCUGCUCAACCACCUCAGUCAUUCGUACACUGGUCAAGACUACAGUACACAGGGAAAUGUUGGGAAGGUUUCUUUAGAUCAGAUCGAUUCGCUUUCUACCAAAUCCUUCCCACCUUGCAUGCGUCAGCUACAUAAAGCCUUGCGGGAAAAUCACCAUCUUCGUCAUGGGGGCCGCAUGCAGUACGGCCUCUUCCUGAAGGGCAUUGGCCUAACCUUGGAACAGGCAUUGCAGUUCUGGAAGCAGGAAUUUAUCAGAGGAAAGAUGGAUCCAGACAAGUUUGAUAAAGGCUACUCUUACAAUAUCCGUCAUAGCUUUGGAAAGGAAGGCAAGAGGACAGACUAUACGCCUUACAGUUGCCUGAAGAUUAUCCUAACCAAUCCACCAAGCCAAGGGGAUUAUCAUGGGUGCCCCUUCCGGCACAGCGAUCCCGAGCUGCUGAGACAGAAGCUGCAGGCGUACAAGAUCCCUCCCUCAGGGAUCAACCAGAUUUUGGAUUUAGUAAAAGGGACACACUACCAGGUAGCCUGUCAGAAGUUCUUCGAGAUGACACAUAAUGUAGAUGAUUGUGGCUUUUCUUUGAGUCAUCCAAACCAGUUCUUUUUUGAGAGCCAGCGGAUCCUCAGUGGAGGUAAAGACGUCAAGAAGGAAUCUGUCCAGCCAGAAACGCCCCAACCCAAACUGAGUGUCCAGAGAAGCAAGGAUGUGUCAUCUGCUCUGGCCUCGCUCAACUCCUCUCUGGAAAUGGAUCUGGAGGGACUGGAGGAGUUGCUUCAGUGAACGAUUCCUGGGCAGUUGGUAGCCUGUCUUCCUCACUAGUUUUUAUUUCCUACUUUACAAUUUUAUCUUUUUCUUUUUUGUCUGCCUUCUCCCUCCACCCGACCCCCUUUCAUCCAUCCGCACGUGCACGCGCUUCACGGGAAGGCCGCCUUGCAGGUAAAAACAAAGACCUCCGGUAUAUUUUGCUUUGACAAAAGAGAAGAGGAAGAAUUUCUUUUGAAAUCUAACGCUUGAAUGGUGUGAUUUAAGUCCCGUUUUAGGAGAUAAAACAGCUUUCUGGACUGGUUACAGUUCCCUAGAAACAGUACGACUAAGAACAGCUUUUAUUUUAACACUUAUACCACUGUAAUGUUGACCCAGGCCUUUUCUAGACCAUUUUUGUUAAUAAAUAUCAAAAUGUAUAA